AUGAAGAAAGAAUACAUACACUCAGUUCUGGCUUUCUUGAUUAUACCACUUUUGAUGCGUCCUCAUAUCCUUGCUGCUGGAGAUUCCCUUCUCUCAACCUUCUGUGAGGAUAAUUUCGAAAACUACGUACUUAACAUUCCAUUUGAAAACAACCUCAAGCUCCUUCUUGAGUCUCUGUCUUCCAGUACUUGGGCAACAGGUUUCAAUAACACCUUCGUUGGAGAGGGCCGAGACAGAGUCUAUGGACAAGCGCUUUGUAGAGGGGAUGUCAACUCCACAGUUUGUCGGAUCUGUAUAGAGAAUGCAAGCAAGGAAAUCUUGAAGCAGUGCAAAAGAGAAGAUGCGAUUAUAUGGUUUGACCUCUGUCAAGUUCACUACUCCUUCCAGAAUUUUUUUUCCUUGAUGGUCUAUGCCGGAAAGUAUCCAAAUAACAACCAUGUUAGCUACCGAAAUGCAGAGUAG